UGGGGGUUGGGGGGGAGCGUGGACCCAUAAAAAGGCCCCAAGGAGCCUGGGGCGGCCCGUUAGAGCAGCCCUGCCAGGCACCCUGCCUCAGCCCCAUUCCCCAGACAGUCUGCACUGCAGCCGGUGAGCACCACGGUCCUUCAGGUGCUGUGGACCCAGCUGCCUUGUGGUCAUUGUGAUGUUCCUGCCAGCCUCCUUCUCCCUAUUCCCCCUGCUCCUGCUGCUGGGCGGAGCCCCACCCAGCAGCCUGCAGUCCCUGGGCCCCUCAAAGCUGCGGCUGGUUGGCCCGGGGAGCAGGCCGGAGGAGGGCCGCCUGGAGGUGCUGCAUCAGGGCCAGUGGGGCACUGUGUGUGAUGAUGAUUUUGGGCUCCAGGAGGCCACGGUGGCCUGUCGCCAGUUGGGCUUUGAGGGUGCUCUGACCUGGGCCCACAGUGCCAAGUAUGGCCAAGGAGAGGGCCACAUUUGGCUGGACAACGUGCGCUGUGCGGGCACAGAGAACUCCCUGGACCAGUGUGGGUCCAAUGGCUGGGGCAUCAGUGACUGCAGCCACUCGGAGGACGUGGGAGUGGUGUGCCAGCCGCAGCGCCAGCGAGGCUACCUGUCCGAAAGGAUCUCCAACACACUCAGACCCCAGGGCCAGCGGCUGGAGGCGGUUCGGCUCAAACCCAUCCUUGCCAGUGCCAAGCGGCAGAACCCGGUGAUUGAGGGGGCGGUGGAAGUGAAGUACGAAGGCCAGUGGCGGCAGGUGUGCGACCAGAGCUGGAGCAGGAACAACAGCAGGGUGGUGUGCGGGAUGCUGGGCUUCCCCAGCACGGGUACUGUCGACGGCCACUACUACAGGAAAGUCUGGAAUCUGAAGAUGAAGGACCCCAGGUCCAGACUAAAGAGCCUGACUAAGAAGAAUUCAUUUUGGAUCCACCGGGUCAGCUGUCUGGGGAUAGAGCCCCAUUUGGCCAGCUGCCAGGUGCAGGUGGCGCCGGCACGGGGCAAGCUGCGGCUGGCCUGCCCAGGGGGCAUGCACGCUGUGGUCAGCUGUGUGCCAGGAUCCCACUUCCGCCCUGGGAAGGCAAAGCCAGGGCGCAAGGAGCCGGUGGCAGAGCAGGAGAUGAGGGUGCGCCUGCGUUCGGGGCCUCAGGUGGGCGAGGGCCGGGUAGAGGUGCUCCUGAACCGUCAGUGGGGUACUGUGUGUGACUAUGGCUGGAACCUCGCCUCGGCCAGUGUCGUGUGUCGUCAGCUUGGCUUUGGUUCUGCAAGGGAGGCCCUGUCUGGUGCCCAGAUGGGCCAGGGCCUGGGACCCAUCCACCUGAGUGAGGUGCGCUGCAGAGGCUAUGAGCGCACCCUUGGGGACUGCUCCGCCCUGGAAGGGCCCCAGAAUGGGUGUCAACAUGACAAUGAUGCUGCCGUCAGGUGCAACAUCCCUAACAUGGGCUUCCAGGACCAGGUGCGCUUGGCUGGUGGGCGCAGCCCUGAGGAGGGCUUGGUGGAGGUGCAGGUGGAGGUGAAUGGCAUCCGACGCUGGGGGGCUGUGUGCAGUGACCACUGGGGGCUCACAGAAGCCAUGGUGGCCUGUCGGCAGCUGGGCCUGGGCUUUGCCAGCCAUGCCAUCAAGGAUGCCUGGUACUGGCAGGGAACGCCAGGAGCUGGAGAGGUGGUGAUGAGUGGGGUGCGCUGCUCAGGCACAGAGCUGGCUCUGCAGCAGUGCCAACGGCAUGGGCCUGUGCACUGCCCCCAUGGCACAGGUCGCUUCUCAGCUGGAGUCUCCUGCACAGACAGUGCCCCGGACCUCGUGAUGAACGCCCAGCUGGUGCAGGAGACGGCCUACCUGGAGGACCGCCCACUCAGCCAGCUCUACUGUGCCCAUGAGGAGAACUGCCUCUCCCAGUCUGCUGACCGCAUGGACUGGCCCUACGGUCACCGGCGCCUGUUGCGCUUCUCCUCACAGAUCCACAACCUGGGCCGGGCCGACUUUCGCCCCAAGACAGGCCGCCACAGCUGGAUUUGGCACCAAUGCCACAGGAGGCAAUAAGGAAUCCCAGGAGCAUCAGCCAUCCUUCUGCUCACCCCCUCCUCUGCCGGAUGUAUCAGCAGUGCUGGUGUCAUAGGGCCCCUUGCCCACAGAGACAUCCAGCAGAACAGAUUCUGCCAGCAAGGCUGGUUUUUGUCAAAAUGAUUCUGGAUUUUUUUUUUUUUUGCCUUCAGGGUUAUCACUGGGGCUUUGCCUGAACUACGAAUCCACUGCUCUGGGAGGCCAUUUUUACCAUUUGUGUUGCCCUUGUUGUUGGUAUUGUUGUUGUUGUUGGAUAGGACAGAGAGAAAUCGGGGGGGGGGGGGGGGGGCGGGGUGAGACAGAGAGGAAAGACACCUGCAGACCUGCUUCAUCAGCUUGUGAAGUGAACCCCCUGCAGGUGGGGAGCAAGGGGUUCAAACCGGGAUCCUUAUGCUGGUCCUUGCAUUUUGUGCUAUGUGUGCUUAACCCUCUGUGCUACUGCCCAGCCCCUGCUGGGUCAGUUUUAUAUGUUGGACCUUGAACAGUGUUUGUUUUUUGUGUCAUCUCUGGGGCUUCACCAUUCUGGGCCAACUUUUGCAGAUAGAGCGAGGCAGAGACACACAUAGAGAAAAGGCUACCACAGUAACAAUCUCCCUCCAGUGUGAUGGGAGCCAGGCUUGAACCUGGGCAGCACACCAUCCAGGUUAACUAUUUUGCUAGUCCUCGAUUUUUUUUCUUUUCAUACCAGAGUUAUUGCUGGGGUUAAGUGCCUGUAUGACAACUCCACAGGUCCCUGUGGUUUUCUUUUUAAAUUAUUAUUAUUGAGGAUGAGAGACAGAGAUGGAGAGGCAGAGAGGAGAGAUGCCUAUAGCACUGACCCACCACUUGCAGAGCCCUCUCACAAGUGGAAGCAGGGUCUUGAACCCGUGCUUUCUACAGGUUGUGUGGACAACCAGCCCUUGGGCCUGGUUUUUAAAAGGCCAGAUGAAUUGGGGACAUCUAGAAACCCAGAGACCCAGAAUAGACCUCCCAUCUACAAUGCUGUUUCUGCAGAAAAGCAUGCUGGUUCCUGCAAAACCAGGCCCUAAAGAACAGCACGAACGCCAGUCCUGAAAGGGAGAUAAUGGGCUUCCUUUCCUGUCAGAAACUCCCAGCCAAGACCGUGGUAGAGACAAUGCCAUUACAAAGAAUGGGGAAAUGUUUUCCUUUUUUCUUUUCUUCAGGACACAGCUGAGGGUGGGGAGAGCUGAGAGGAAUGAGCAGUGACUUGGAGACUUGGCCUUGCCUGGGAUAAUAAGCACUUUUUCCAGUACCAAGAACAGAGUUGUCAUUAGAAGUGGACUGGAAACAACAGUAGCCAUUUGGUCCCAGGCUGAUAAGGAGGGAGCAGGCAGCCCUCCCCAGGGCCCAGCUCCCAAGCUGGCCCCUAGAAAACCACCUUUUUCCUUACCAUGUCCCAUGCAGACCAAGUGGCCAGGCAGCAGCCCACUGGGGGUUCCCAGCCUGAACUUUUCACCACCUGCCCCAACACUGAGAUGGGGGCAGCUAGCUGUGCCUUGCUGCCUGGCCGGGGUGCCCAGAGGGUAGGCCCUAGGGCACACUAAUCCUGGGUUUGGGAGGGAAAAGGCACUGCCCUGCUAUUAUGCACUUCCUCUCUGCAUAAUGAUGGGGCUGAGUGUCUCAGCCCUCCCCACCACCUCCAUCCCCCAAGAGGAUGUGCUAGCGUCCCUGCCAGGCUGACAGCACUCCGCACCCCGUUUCCCCCC